AUGGGAAGUCGCAUCUGCCUGUUCUGGACGCGGGUGCUGCUCCGGUUCCUCCAGUUUGCCACCUCGUUGGUGGCUUACAUUGCGCUUCAGACCGCCGGCGUGUCGUACCAAGGCACUGGUGGGGGUCGCUCUGUCGCCGUGGUCGUGACAAGCGGCGCCAUGAACUUCGCAAGGAUUAUCAACUUCUUGGCGUUCGUGUACGCGUUCGCCUUCCUGAUCUUCGUCGAGUGGCUUCGCCUCUGCGUUAACCCGGUGAUCUACUGCGAGAAGAUUGCGGACUUGGUGCUGCUGAUCUGCCUCAUCGUGUCGAACCUCAUUCUGCUGCUGUCGAACAUCAGUCUGCACUGUCGUCGGGGCUACGGGCGAUUCGUGCACUGCGGAGAAUUGUACCUCGCGAUAGCGAUGACAUUUCUGUCCGCUUUGCUGUUCUUCUUGACCGUGCUGAUCGGCAAGAGCAACGAAGACCGUGAAGAACGUCGCGAUGCGCAGCGCCGAAGCACGGAUCGAGCUGGUCGCGACGAGCAAGAAGAGCCUGGAGCGUAUCACGGUGGGGCCACUCCCGUGCCAAUUGUCACCGCACAACCGGCACAGACUCGGCCUUAA